UAAUAGGAGUCGAGGCCUGAGGGGUCCCUCUCUGAUGAGCCUGGUUGUCAGGGGCAACGGCAUGAGCUUCCAUUUCGCUGCCAUGGUGACCGUGAGAUGUGGCAGGCACCGUACACACCGGGUACAGAGGCAUGCCACACUUGCAUUGCUUUUUGCAUUCUACAGUUGGUUGGCUGAAUGGCGGGCAUGAUGUCAUCCAGGCAGCGCCGCAGUCGGGCUAUUUCCUUUGGCUGGGAGGACGCAUCACUUCCUCCGUCGUGACAGGAUGAUGGAUAACCACUGUUGGCCACUGCAGUGAUGAGAAAGAGAGGAAGAGGAGGAGGAGCAGCAGCAGCAAUACAGGGAUGACAGUCCCCGGCUCCUGGUCCGCUGCGCCGACCCAGAGGAGCUGCGCCGCCAGGAGCAGCGCCGCCGCCUGCACAAAUCCGCUGGAAGCCAUGGCGAGGAUGUGCUCCAUGUUCUCUGACGACAACAUGCCCCCCGCUUCCGCCCGGUGUGGGCGGGGUCCUGACCGCCGCUUUUUCUUAGGUGGCCCGUUAAAAUGCCCGAAUUCAAAACACGUCUUUUUCCAAGAUGGCGUCGAUGAAGGAGAGCGACACCGGCCUGUGGCUUCACAACAAGCUGGGCUCCACGGACGAGCUGUGGACGCCGCCGAGCAUCGCCUCGCUGCUCACGGUGUCGGUGAUCGACAACAUACGCCUGUGCUUCUCGAGCCUGUCGCCGCCGGUGAAGCUGAAGCUGCUGCUCGGGAUGCUGCACCUCCCGCGGCGGACCAUGGACGAGAUGAAGGAGGCCCUGUCGGAGAUCAUCCAGCUGGCCACGGUGGACUCGGAGCCCUGGGUGCUGAUGGUCGCCGACAUCCUCAAAUCCUUCCCGGAGACCGGCUCUCUCAAUCUGGACCUGGAGGAGCAGAAUCCAAAUGUGCAGGAUAUUCUCGGCGAGCUCAGGGAGAAAGUGAGUGAGUGCGAGGCGUCCGCCAUGCUUCCUCUGGAGUGCCAGUACCUGAACAAGAGUGCGCUGACCACUCUGGUCGGACCCCUCACGCCCCCCGUCAAACAUUUCCAGCUCAAACGGAAGCCGAAGAGCGCGACCCUCAGAGCAGAGCUGCUCCAGAAAUCCACAGAGACAGCGCAGCAGCUGAAAAAGACAGCCGGAGUGCCUUUUCACGCCAAAGGGAGAGGACUGGUCAAAAAGAUUGACACUACUACGCCUCUCAAGGGGAUUCCCAAGGCCCCGUUCCGCAGCCCAACUGCCCCCAGUAUGUUCAGCCCUCCCAGUAACCGCACACCGAUUGCCCCCGCACGGACGCCCCUGCGCAAGGAGAGGGGGGUCAAGCUGCUAGAUAUUUCGGAGCUGGACGUGGUCGGAGCGGGAAGAGAAGCGAAGAGGAGAAGAAAGACUUUGGAAACGGAGGCCGGAGAGAAAGCAGCCAAAGAAGAAGCCGUGGUGGAGAACACCACACCGGACUACGCUGCCGGCCUCGUCUCUGCACAGAAACUUGGGGCGCUGAACGAAAAUCCUCUGCCCUCCACCAGCUACCUACCAGCCACACCCAGCAUGGUUCCCUCGUCCUCUUACAUUCCCAGCUCCGAGGCGCAGCCAGCCAACGCCGGCGGCACGGGUCGGGAAACGCUGCAGUCGGCUCGCCAACCGGAGGAGUCGGCGACGGUGGGCGCUGGCGCCACCCCCACCUUACCCGGCCAGUACAAGCAGAGGACACCAAUGUACAACGCCAGCACCACGGCCAAUCCCGCGACGCCCACGUCCCCCAGCACGCCGGCCUCCACCCCAGCCAACAACGGGCCCCCGGCCGCUGCGACCGCCACCCAGCCGGAGACCCCCACCCAGCCCCCCAGCGCGCCCCAGACGCCCACCACGACACCGACUCCUACGCCGCCACAGCCGCAGCCCAAAAAGAAUCUCUCGCUCACGAGGGACCAGAUGUACGCCGCCCAGGAGAUGUUCAAGACGGCCAACAAGGUCACCCGACCGGAGAAGGCCCUGAUCCUGGGCUUCAUGGCUGGAUCCAGAGAGAACCCGUGCCCGGAGCAGGGGGACAUCAUCCAGAUCAAGCUGAGCGAACACACAGAGGUCUUGCCCAAAGCCGACGGCACCGGCAGCACCACCAUGCUGGUGGACACGGUCUUCGAAAUGAACUACUCCACGGGACAGUGGACCCGUCUCAAGAAAUACAAACCCAUCACCAACACCUCCUGAGGCGCUUCGUCCCCUCAAAGUCACACACACACCUUCAAUUUCUUAUACACACGCCCCCCUCCCCCCCAAAAAAACAAAAAAAAACAAUCAUGUUUACACACAAGUAUUUGCAAACGCAUCUGGGCCAAAUGGAGCACCAGGAGGGUGAGGGGUCGUCAAGGAGAGAAAAGUUCCUCCCUUAUCCUGCACUGCCAGAAGGCAGGACUCUGAAGAAUAUUUCUGUAUUUUCUUUUCUUCUCCCCCCGUCCGCCUUUUAUUGUUUUUGUUUUUAAGUCUCCUACGCUUCCUCAAUGAUGCUGUGGUCAUGAGGGGGGGUGUUAAACGAGUCUGAGCAGAGGGAUUACCCUCACCGCGGGCACCUCUCAACAUUUUUUGUACUCUGAGGUACAAGCAUGUGUGACGUGUCCAGAAAAAGACGACAAAAGUAAAACUGUAUUUUUCUGUAUGAAUGUGACAUUCGCAGCUUAUUCUUCUACCUUUCAGAAACGGAAUCAUGGUUUGUGACAGGAAGAAAAAAGAAAAAAAACAACAAUGAUUACAAGUCAUCCUAGAGGUGACCCAGAAAAAAAAAAGGAGGAGCGAGUAGUUUGGAGCCUUCCGGUAGAUGGUUAAUAGGUUUCAUCCUUUUUCCAAAAGAAGGGAAGAAAAUAAAAAGACUCCAGGGGACAUUUCUCA